GACUUGUAAACAUGCGAACUGGCAACACUGCGCUCUCAGCUGCUGGUUCAGUUGACAUCGAACAACCAUGGAGGGAAGAGAUCUACAAAAUGUUAUCCUGCUGGCUGACUCGUACAAGAUCUCCCACCACCUUCAGUAUCCACCUGGGACCACGUCUGUCUAUUCAUACUUCGAGUCUAGAGGUGGAACGUUCCCUUACACCGUCUUCUUUGGACUCCAGUACAUCUUGAAGCGAUGGCUGAGUGGCCCCGUAGUUACAAAGGAAAUGAUACAGGAGGCGAAGGAGCUCUUUGCGGCUCAUUUCAGGACAGAUAAAGUCUUCAACGAGGACGGGUGGAACUAUAUCCUGGAGCGUCAUGGUGGGAAAUUACCUCUGCGAGUGUGUGCAGUGCCCGAGGGGUCCGUCAUCCCCACAAAAAAUGUUUUGUUCACCGUGGAGAGCACAGAUCCCAUGGUCCCGUGGGUCACCAACUUUUUUGAGACUGUCUUUGUUCAAGUAUGGUACCCCAUGACAGUAGCAACAAAUUCUCGCAUUCAGAAGCAGAUAAUUCAUCGGUAUCUAAAGGAUACACAUGAUAACUUGGACUCCCUUCCCUUUUCUCUACAUGACUUUGGAUACCGAGGAGUUUCAUCAAUUGAGACUGCUGCCAUUGGGGGAGCUGCACACUUAGUUAAUUUCAAGGGAACAGAUACAGUUGCAGCUUUGCCACUUCUGCACAAGUAUUAUGAUGCUCCCAUGGCAGGAUUCACCAUACCUGCCAUGGAACACUCAACUGUAACCUCAUGGGGAAAGGAGGGGGAGGUAGAUGCCUUCCGAAAUAUGUUGGAGGCUUUUCCCAGUGGACCUGUUGCAUGUGUAAGUGACUCUUAUGAUAUCUGGAAGUGUUGCGAAAAAAUCUGGGGAGAAGAGUUACAUGACCUUGUUGUGGAGAGAAGCAAGACCGGGGGAGCACUAGUCAUACGCCCAGAUAGUGGAGAUCCUCCAACUGUGGUUCUGAAAUGUUUAGAAAUUUUAGGAAAAGCGUUUGGAACUGAGACUAACUCCAAAGGUUUCAAAGUUCUUCCUCCUUAUAUUAGGGUGAUCCAGGGAGAUGGUAUAUCCUACACGACUGUAGGAAGCAUUCUAGAAAAUUUAAAGAAUCAUGGCUGGUCUGCAGCAAAUGUCGCUUUUGGCAGUGGAGGAUCUUUGCUGCAAAAGGUAAGUAUGAAAUUUCAAUCCAAAUGUGCCUACAAGUGCAGCUAUGCAAUAAUCAAUGGAGAAGGUGUAGAGGUUUUCAAAGCACCUGUCACUGAUAUUGGCAAAACCAGUAAGAAAGGCCGCCUGGCUUUGCAUUGCGUUAACGGAGAGUACAAGACCAUAGAGGGUGGAAAGGGGGAUCCGAAACAGGACCUCCUUGUCCCCAUCUUCGAGAAUGGCACUCUGUUGAAGAGCUACACUUUAGAGGAAGUCAGAGCUAGAGCAGAGUUGGGCCCCAGUGACAUCGAUGUCUUCAAGUUCCUAGAAGGAGAACGACAGCAGAGCAAGGAAUAAGACGUUGAUCCGUUCUGUAUCUGAUAUAUGUGUAUUAUAAUUGUUAUUGUUGUAUUAGCUUAGUUUUGCUUGUUUGUUGAAAAUAUGAAGUCCAUUGUCCCAAAUCAUCAGGCCUUUUUUCACUGGAUGUGAAAUAUUUUUGAUUUAUUCAUGGUAACAGGAUAAUGAGCACACAUACAGACAUAUACACACAUGCAU